AUGUAGGAUACUGACUCUCAGAAGCCUCCCACAGGGAGAUUCUCAACUCCACCCUUUGACCCUCUCUUCCCUAACCAGAACCAGACACGCAACUGCUACCAGAACUUCCUGGACUACCACCGCUGCGUCGAGAGCCUGAACCGGCGCGGGAAGAGCGCGCAGUCCUGCGAGGAUUACUUUCGCGUGUUCCGCUCGCUGUAGCCGAAGAACUGGGUGAGCAGGCGAGGGGCGCGGGCGGCAGGCCGGGCGCGGGGGAGGCCCGGCUGUGCUCAGCCCGCCCCGCUCCUCCCUGCGCCCCUCCCCAGGGGCAGCGCUGGACGAGCAGACCACGGAAGGGACCUUCGCGGGCAAACUGAUGGUCUGAGCUCGGCGGAGCAGCCCCAGUGGCCGCCGCGCGCCUUCUCUCUAGUGCCCCAGCGACGCGGCCCCGGCCGCCCCCUCCCCCAGCCGCUGCCACAAAUAAAGCUCUGCCGCGGCUGACCUUUC